AUGGAGCAGGAGAAGUACCUGCCCGAGCUGAUGGCAGAGAAGGACAGCCUGGAUCCUUCCUUUGUUCACGCGAUGCGCCUCCUGGCCGACGAAAUCGAAAAAUUUCAGGGUUCUGAAGGCAAGAAGGAAGAUGAAGAAAAGAAAUAUCUCGAUGUUAUCAGCAACAAAAACAUAAAGCUGUCAGAAAGAGUUCUGAUCCCUGUCAAACAGUAUCCAAAGUUCAAUUUUGUUGGGAAAUUGCUUGGACCAAGAGGAAACUCCUUGAAGAGGUUACAAGAAGAAACAGGUGCAAAAAUGUCCAUCCUGGGGAAAGGAUCCAUGAGGGAUAAAGCUAAGGAAGAAGAACUAAGAAAAAGUGGAGAAGCCAAAUAUGCGCACUUGAGUGAUGAGCUUCAUGUAUUAAUUGAAGUGUUUGCUCCACCUGGGGAAGCGUAUUCUCGUAUGAGUCAUGCCUUGGAAGAGAUAAAAAAAUUCCUCGUUCCUGAUUAUAAUGAUGAAAUUCGCCAGGAGCAGCUGAGAGAACUGUCAUAUUUGAAUGGUUCUGAGGAUUCAGCACGUGGUCGGGGUAUUCGAGGAAGAGGGAUCCGUGUGCCACCUGCAGCUCCUUCAAGGGGCCGUGGGGGUGCGAUUCCUCCCCCACUGCCGGGACGAGGUGCUCAGGCGCCCAGAGGAGCACCGGUGACCCGCGGAGCCCUCCCCGUCGCACCCGUGGCGAGGGGUGUUCCCACCCCUCGAGCACGGGGUGCCCCGGCCGUCCCAGGCUACAGACCACCCCCACCACCUGCACACGAGGCCUAUGACGAAUAUGGAUACGAUGAUGGAUAUGGAGGUGAAUAUGAUGAUCCAAGCUAUGAGACGUAUGAUAACAGUUAUGCCACUCAAACACAAAGUGUGCCUGAAUAUUAUGACUAUGGUCACGGAACAAGUGAAGAGGCUUAUGACAGCUACGCACAAGAAGAAUGGGCCACAACCCGUUCCAGCCUAAAGGCACCACCUCCAAGGUCAGCCAGAGGAGGUUACAGGGAACACCCCUAUGGUAGAUAUUGA